UGUUUGUGUAGCCAAAGAAAGAGGGUGUCUGCUUAAACAGUCUCAAGUCUUGUUCAAGGGCUGGCUGCAAUGCAGAGCUAAGGACGAACGCUGGCCCGUAGAGACAGAAGGGACCUUGAAGGAAAGGCACCAGGCUGCUGGGAUUUAGACUGCACUGCAGAAAGAUAGCGAGGAAAGCGGCAGGCACUGCAGCGUGAUUUAGCGAGAGAUGAGGUCCACCGGCAGACCUCAAACCUCCUCACAGCAGGCAUAGACACCACACCAGGUGAGAGUUUAAUUCACAGCUGAUAUCAGAGGCCCGGGAGGGAUAGUAUUGGGAAGGGGGAGAGGAAGGGGGCAGGAGACAAAAAGAGGAGAGGGUGGAGAAACAAGGGAAGAGGAGGAGGGAGACGGUGCUGUAUUUUCGGAUUGGGAUCUUCUGAAUUAAGUGUGGUUGGAAUAAAGAUGUAGUGUGAGCAGGACGCUGAACAAGGACGCUGCUGUGCUCCGCUUUAGUGGAGAGGAGUGGGGAGCAGACGCCUGGCAGACACACACACACCGACUCAGCAAGGCUGACUCUCGGAGAAAGAGAGAGAGCUCAACAUCACGGCUGCCGGGCUGGGAAGAUGCCCUCUCGCUUUGGCACUGCCGUGCGGAUCGUCUACACCACCCUUUUUGGCGCGGUGGUGCUGCUUGCCAUCCUGCUGGUAUACGUGACAGGUUACCAGUUCAUCCGAACCGAACAGCAUUACCUCUCUUUUGGCCUGUACGGUGCGUUUCUUUUUCUCCACCUCCUCCUGCAGAGCCUCUUCGCCUACCUGGAGCACCGGCAAAUGCGUAGCCCCUCCACACCCCAGCACCUGCAACGCACCGUGGCCCUCUGCAUCGCGGCCUACCAAGAGGAUCCAGACUACCUGCGCAAGUGUCUGCGAAGCGUACGCCGCAUUUCCUUUCCCGGACUUAAAGUGGUGUUGGUGGUGGAUGGGAAUCGGAAGGAAGAUGCCUACAUGAUGAAAAUCUUCCAGGAGGUGAUGGGGGAAACAGAGCACACGGGCUGCUUGGUGUGGAAGGGGAAUUACCAUAGCGAUGGUUAUGGAGGAGUAGGGAGUGACUUACACCACACGAAGGAGACCGAACACGUGGCCAGUGUGGUGCGAAAUUGCCAGCACUCCUGUAUCAUGCAAGAGUGGGGUGGCAAAAGGGAAGUGAUGUACACAGCUUUCAAAGCUUUGGGAAACACUGUGGAUUACAUUCAGGUGUGUGAUUCAGACACUGUACUUGAUCCAGCAUGCACAGUUGAGAUGCUUAAGAUUCUGGAGCAAGAUCCAGAUGUGGGUGCAGUGGGAGGAGAUGUUCAGAUCCUAAACAAGUAUGCUUCCUGGAUCUCGUUUUUGAGCAGUGUCCGCUAUUGGAUGGCCUUCAAUGUGGAACGGGCCUGCCAGUCUUAUUUUGGAUGCGUGCAGUGCAUUAGCGGCCCGCUGGGAAUGUACCGCAACUCUCUCCUCCAGGACUUCCUGGAGCCCUGGUAUAACCAGACCUUCUUAGGGACCAAGUGCAGCUUUGGUGAUGAUCGGCACCUCACCAACCGCGUCCUAAGCUUGGGCUUCAAAACCAAGUACACGGCACGCUCCCAAUGCCAGACCGAGACCCCCACAGAAUACCUGCGCUGGCUGAACCAGCAAACCCGCUGGAGCAAGUCUUACUUUCGAGAGUGGCUGUACAGCGCUCUUUGGUUUCACAAGCACAAUCUCUGGAUGACUUAUGAGGCUGUGAUGACUGGUUUCUUCCCCUUUUUUCUGGUCGUUACAGUGAUCCAUCUGUUCUACAUAGGUCGCCUGUGGAACAUCCUUCUCUUUCUGCUGACAGUCCAGCUGGUGGGCAUGGUUAAGGCCACCUAUGCGUGUUUCCUUCGAGGCAGCCUUGUCAUGAUCUUCAUGUCGUUGUAUGCUCUACUUUACAUGUCUAGCUUGUUGCCUGCUAAGAUCUUUGCCCUGUUGACUAUUAACAAAUCAGGCUGGGGCACAUCAGGAAGGAAGAAGAUAGUGGUGAACGUGAUCGGUGCUAUACCUGUGACCGUGUGGGCAGCCAUUCUGCUCGGUGGCUUGGUGUACACCAUUUACUGCGAGGUGCAAGAGCCCUUCACGGAUACAGAGAAGGUUCUUCUUAUUGCCGGCGCAGUAGUUUAUGCGUGUUACUGGGUGGUGCUUCUAGUACUCUACCUGGCCAUAGUGGCCAGACGCUGCAACAAAAGAGAGGAGCAGUUUCACCUACCCUAUUCUAAAGCUUAGCAACUUUAGUGGUGCUGGAGGACUUAAUAGGGCUCAUCCCAUCUUUUCCUGAUGCUGCAUUCCUUAUUGUGAUUACAGAUCUGUGAGUAUCGGGUUGAAGUGGUAUGGCUACGAAAAAGGUUUUAGCCGGUGGCCAUAAUGAACCUUCGAGAGUGCCAUAAUUUAUAUAGCUGAAAUGGGGAAUGGUUAAUGGUGCUUCUCAUCAUAAUAAAGCACACAUUGAGGUGGCCAGUCAAGAUUGAGAGCAAACGUUGAGCCAAAGGUUACCGAUGAAAGUGUAGUGACAUGUAGCCAGCAUGGUCAUUUUAAGUUAAAGGGCUCAUAUUGGUGCUUGCUUGGUAUUAUGGGAACGUCACGAUUAGGUUAGCGAAGUGUGUGCCAAUACUUGAGGUAGACACUAGGCUGGUGAUAUUUGCCAAAAGCCAGCUAGUAUUUACAUUUACACCUUUGGGAGACGUUUUUAUCCAAAGCAACUUUCGAAGUAUACAUUUUAUCAGUUGUGAGUUGCCGUGAUCUACCAACUGAGCCACAGGAACACCUAAAAUAAUCAUAUUGUAUGUCUUUUCUCUGAUAGUCCACUAUAAUUCUUAAUAUCAUUGUCUGUGGUGCUGCUGAAGGGUUGGGACAUUGUACAAAGUGCAUUUAAUUUAUUUACGUUUAUGAUGUGGAACAAAACAUCAUAACCCCACUGUACAGGAUGUUUACAGAUGCAUCAAGUAACAUCCAGAUUUGUCCAUAGUCAUACUUUUAUUUGUUCCUGAAAUGUUUUAUUCCUCCAAAACUGAUCAUUUUAAAAGUAAAUAAGUAGAGGUUAGUUUUACACACAAAGCCUUGACAUUUUCAGACAAAAACCUUUCUAUAUACAUGAUUCUUAUUAGUUAUGUCAAUAAAAUGUUCUGCUAGACAGAUAUGAAUAGGAAUGACAUUACUUAUUUAUGGUAUGCUAAACUAUGGUGGUUUAAAAAAUGGCCAGAGGAUU